AUGGGCCGUCUCAGGCUCCGACCGGCCCAGCCAGACGACCUCGCUGCUCUAUGCGACGUCUACUUCUCGGCCUUUUCGGAUAACCUGGUGCAGCAAAUGGUCUUCCCCGCCACGUCUCCUGAAGCGCGCAAUUUCUGGCACAGCGGACUGUCAACCGAUAUGCAAGAUCCGAACUCGCGCCUUAUUGUUGUGGUUGAGGAGGCGGUCGGUCCCCAGGGUCGCGCAACGGAGCAGAUUAUUGCCUUCGCCAAGUGGAUGAGACCGAUGCAGCUCGGCGAGACCUAUGCACCAGGGCCAGCGCUCGAGGACUGGCCAAGGGAUGGCGACCCGGAAUUCGGGGCCCAGUUCUUUGGGUCGCUUGCGAUGCAGCACGAGGAGAUCAUGAAGAAGCGGCCGCAUUGGUACCUCGAGUGCAUCGCCACAAGUAAAGAGCACCAGGGCAGAGGGGCUGGCGGGAUGCUGGUGAGAUGGGGAGUGGAGAGGGCUGAUCGAGACGGGGUAGAGAGCUAUCUUGACAGCACCGCAGAGGGAAGGGGUCUGUACGUCAAGCAUGGGUUUCGAGAGAUCAAGAGGCUGUGGUGGCUGGGUGGAAGCUACUCGCAGUGUUUCAUGAUACGGGACAAGUAG